CUUGAAGAAGGGAUUUUGAGGCCAGGAACCAGUUUGGUUUUGCUGGAAGCACAGGCAGCUACAGGAUUCAUUGUUGAUCCCAUCAACAACCUCAAACUGUCAGUGGAUGAGGCAGUGGAACAGAAAGUAGUGGGAUGGGAUUACAAAGACAAACUCCUUUCAGCAGAGCGAGCCGUCACUGGGUACACAAAUCCAUACUCUAAAGAAACAAUCUCACUGUUCCAGGCCAUGAAGAAGGAACUCAUCUUGAAAGAUCAUGGCAUCCGGCUCUUGGAAGCUCAAAUCGCUACUGGUGGCAUCAUUGACCCGGAGGCCAGCCAUCGUCUUCCAGUGGAAGUGGCCUAUAGCCGAGGACUGUUUGAUGAGGAGAUGAACCAAAUAUUGUCCGACCCCAAUGAUGACACUAAAGGUUUCUUUGAUCCAAACACUCAGGAGAACCUCACGUAUUUAGACCUCAAGAAUCGCUGCAUCACUGAACCAGAGACUGGACUGUGUUUGCUGCCAAUUAAAGACAAGAACUCAAAAACAACGACACUCAUUGUCAGCAGUGAAACCGUGCAGACUGACAGUCAAGGAAAAAAUAAAUCCAAUAAUGGUGUAGAUCUUAAGAUGGAGAAAUCUGAAGUGGUAUCAAGUGGGGUCCCACGUAUUGUCCAGGAAAGUGAAAUGUUGGACACGUUCACAAAGUCAACGGUUACGAUCAAGAGUGGAAAAUUUGCCAACAGAAAAAUGUCUAUACUGGAAAUAUUUGAGACUGAUCUGGUUGACAAAGAAAGGAAAGAGAAAUUAAUAAAUGAUUAUAAAACUGGAAAGAUUUCUCAGGAGAUUUUGCUCAUCAUGAUAAUUGAAAUAAUUGAGACAGAGAGAAUGAGUGAAAAAAUGAAAAACAUGAAAUUUAAAGGCUUACGAAAGCAGGUGACAUUGGAUGAGCUGUUCAAGUCAAAAAUUGUGGACAUGAAAACCGUCCAACAACUGGAUGAUGGUGAGAAAACUCAGGAUGAAGUGGGAAGUUCUAUACUAAACUAUCUAGAAGGAUCAACUGCUAUUGCUGGACUAUACAUUGAAGCAACCAAAGAAAAAAUGUCCAUAUACAAUGCCUUGAAGAAGGGUUAUUUGAGGCCAGGAACCAGCUUGGUUUUGCUAGAAGCGCAGGCAGCUACAGGGUUCAUUGUUGAUCCCAUCAACAACUUGAAACUGUCAGUGGAUGAAGCGGUGGAACAGAAAGUAGUGGGGGAAUACAAAGACAAACUCCUUUCAGCAGAGCGAGCUGUCACUGGGUACACUGAUCCGUACUCUAAAGAAACACUUUCACUCUUCCAGGCCAUGAAAAAGGAACUCAUCUUAAAAGACCAUGGGAUCCGCCUCCUGGAAGCUCAAAUCGCCACAGGCGGCAUCAUCGACCCGCAAGCCAGCCAUCGUCUUCCGGUGGAAGUGGCCUACAGCAGAGGACUGUUUGAUGAGGAAAUGAACCAAAUAUUGGCUGACCCCAGUGAUGACACCAAGGGCUUUUUUGAUCCAAACACUGAAGAGAACCUCACAUAUUUAGAUCUCAAGCAGCGCUGCAUCACUGACCCUGACACAGGUCUAUGCCUGCUAUCUCUGAAGGAAAAACGAACCAAGUUUGGGAACGUCAGUUCAGGUGAUGUUCCAACAAUAGUUGAAUCAAAGACUGUUCAGAGUGCUCAGAUUGGAACAUCGUCCCAAACUACAACAAUUACAACGACCACUACGACCACACUUACAGAAGUAGAAAUUUGGAACAAACUUCAAAAUAAAUAUAUUGAAAUAUCCUUUGGGAAGUUCUCUGGAAAGAAGCUGUCACUAAAAGAGUUAUUUGAAACAGAUCUCAUUGAUGAAGCAACGAAAAAGCAACUACUAGACGACUUCAGAUCUGGCAAAAUUUCAUUUGAAAAACUAAUUAUCACAAUUACUGAAAUAAUUGAACGACAGAGGCAAAGUCAAAAGGGUAGAAGCAUUUCAUUUAAGGGGCUGCGAAAGCCAGUGUCUGUAGAAGAACUGGUCAAAUCAAAACUCUUGGACAGUAAAACGGUAGAGCAGUUGAUGCAAGGCCUAAAAUCAGAGGAAGAAGUUAGGCGUUCGAUACAAAACUACCUUGGCGGAUCAACUGCUAUUGCCGGAGUUUACAUUGAAGCAACAAAGGAAAAAAUGUCCAUAUACAAUGCCUUGAAGAAGGGAUUUUUGAGGCCAGGAACCAGUUUGGUUUUGCUGGAAGCACAGGCAGCUACAGGAUUCAUUGUUGAUCCCAUCAACAACCUCAAACUGUCAGUGGAUGAGGCAGUGGAACAGAAAGUAGUGGGAUGGGAUUACAAAGACAAACUCCUUUCAGCAGAGCGAGCCGUCACUGGGUACACAGAUCCAUACUCUAAAGAAACAAUCUCACUGUUCCAGGCCAUGAAGAAGGAACUCAUCUUGAAAGAUCAUGGCAUCCGGCUCUUGGAAGCUCAAAUCGCUACUGGUGGCAUCAUUGACCCGCAGGCCAGCCAUCGUCUUCCAGUGGAAGUGGCCUACAGCCGAGGACUGUUUGAUGAGGAGAUGAACCAAAUAUUGUCCGACCCCAAUGAUGACACUAAAGGUUUCUUUGAUCCAAACACUCAGGAGAACCUCACGUAUUUAGACCUCAAGAAUCGCUGCAUCACCGAACCAGAGACUGGACUGUGUUUGCUGCCAAUUAAAGACAAGAACUCAAAAACAACGACACUCAUUGUAAGCAGUGAAACCGUGCAGACUGACAGUCAAGGAAAAAAUAAAUCCAAUAAUGGUGUAGAUCUUAAGAUGGAGAAAUCUGAAGUGGUAUCAAGUGGGGUCCCACGUAUUGUCCAGGAAAGUGAAAUGUUGGACACGUUCACAAAGUCAACGGUUACGAUCAAGAGUGGAAAAUUUGCCAACAGAAAAAUGUCUAUACUGGAAAUAUUUGAGACUGAUCUGGUUGACAAAGAAAGGAAAGAGAAAUUAAUAAAUGAUUAUAAAACUGGAAAGAUUUCUCAGGAGAUUUUGCUCAUCAUGAUAAUUGAAAUAAUUGAGACAGAGAGAAUGAGUGAAAAAAUGAAAAACAUGAAAUUUAAAGGAUUACGAAAGCAGGUGACAUUGGAUGAGCUGUUCAAGUCAAAAAUUGUGGACAUGAAAACCGUCCAACAACUGGAUGAUGGUGAGAAAACUCAGGAUGAAGUGGGAAGUUCUAUACUAAACUAUCUAGAAGGAUCAACUGCUAUAGCUGGACUAUACAUUGAAGCAACCAAAGAAAAAAUGUCCAUAUACAAUGCCUUGAAGAAGGGUUAUUUGAGGCCAGGAACCAGCUUGGUUUUGCUAGAAGCGCAGGCAGCUACAGGGUUCAUUGUUGAUCCCAUCAACAACUUGAAACUGUCAGUGGAUGAAGCGGUGGAACAGAAAGUAGUGGGAUGGGAAUACAAAGACAAACUCCUUUCAGCAGAGCGAGCUGUCACUGGGUACACUGAUCCGUACUCUAAAGAAACACUUUCACUCUUCCAGGCCAUGAAAAAGGAACUCAUCUUAAAAGACCAUGGGAUCCGCCUCCUGGAAGCUCAAAUCGCCACAGGCGGCAUCAUCGACCCGCAAGCCAGCCAUCGUCUUCCGGUGGAAGUGGCCUACAGCAGAGGACUGUUUGAUGAGGAAAUGAACCAAAUAUUGGCCGACCCCAGUGAUGACACCAAGGGCUUUUUUGAUCCAAACACUGAAGAGAACCUCACAUAUUUAGAUCUCAAGCAGCGCUGCAUCACUGACCCUGACACAGGUCUAUGCCUGCUAUCUCUGAAGGAAAAACGAACCAAGUUUGGGAACGUCAGUUCAGGUGAUGUUCCAAAAAUAGUUGAAUCAAAGACUGUUCAGAGUGCUCAGAUUGGAACAUCGUCCCAAACUACAACAAUUACAACGACCACUACGACCACACUUACAGAAGUAGAAAUUUGGAACAAACUUCAAAAUAAAUAUAUUGAAAUAUCCUUUGGGAAGUUCUCUGGAAAGAAGCUGUCACUAAAAGAGUUAUUUGAAACAGAUCUCAUUGAUGAAGCAACGAAAAAGCAACUACUAGACGACUUCAGAUCUGGCAAAAUUUCAUUUGAAAAACUAAUUAUCACAAUUACUGAAAUAAUUGAACGACAGAGGCAAAGUCAAAAGGGUAGAAGCAUUUCAUUUAAGGGGCUGCGAAAGCCAGUGUCUGUAGAAGAACUGGUCAAAUCAAAACUCUUGGACAGUAAAACGGUAGAGCAGUUGAUGCAAGGCCUAAAAUCAGAGGAAGAAGUUAGGCGUUCGAUACAAAACUACCUUGGCGGAUCAACUGCUAUUGCCGGAGUUUACAUUGAAGCAACAAAGGAAAAAAUGUCCAUAUACAAUGCCUUGAAGAAGGGAUUUUUGAGGCCAGGAACCAGUUUGGUUUUGCUGGAAGCACAGGCAGCUACAGGAUUCAUUGUUGAUCCCAUCAACAACCUCAAACUGUCAGUGGAUGAGGCAGUGGAACAGAAAGUAGUGGGGUGGGAUUACAAAGACAAACUCCUUUCAGCAGAGCGAGCCGUCACUGGGUACAAUGAUCCGUACUCUAAGGAAACAAUAUCACUCUUCCAAGCUAUGAAGAAGGGCCUCAUCUUGAAAGACCAUGGCAUCCGCCUACUGGAAGCUCAAAUCGCCACGGGCGGCAUCAUCGACCCAGAGGCCAGCCACCGUCUUCCAGUGGAAGUGGCCUACAGCAGAGGACUGUUUGAUGAAGAGAUGAACCAAAUAUUGACUGACCCCAGUGAUGACACAAAGGGUUUCUUUGACCCAAACACUGAAGAAAACCUCACAUAUUUAGAUCUUAAGCGGCGCUGCAUCACCGACCCUGACACAGGUCUAUGCUUGCUUCCUAUUAAAGAGUUUAAUGGUGUUAACCCCAAAGAUUCGAAAACAUCUAAAGAAAUGAUCAUCCAGAAGACAGAAACUGUGGAAAAAUAUGCUGGUGGCUCUUCCUCGGAGAAUGAUCCAUUUUUGGUGGAGUCUUCCGUAAGUUCAAAUGAGGAAAGAUUCAUCAUCAUAGAAUCUCAGGUGCUAGAUAUACUUUACAAUGAAAAAAUAAACAUGACUUUUGGUAGAUUUGCCGGUAAAAAUGUUUCUCUGAAAGACAUAUUUGACAGUGAUUUUAUAGACGCAGAAAUGAGAGAGAAACUCAUUGAUGAUUACAAAUCUGGUAAAAUAUCACUUGCGGAUGUGAUUGCUACUGUGACUAAGAUUAUUGAAGCCAAGGAACGGGCCGAGGCGAAGAAGAACCUUUGGUGCCGAGGUUUCCGCCGUCAAGUUAGCGUCGCACAACUUGUCGAGUCGCAGGUAUUAGAGGACGAAGUUGCAAAUCAGUUGGCCGAUGGACGAACGUCUAUCCAAGAAGUUACCCGUCUGGUAAAGAGGUACCUUGAAGGCACUAGCAGCAUUGCAGGCCUUUACCUGGAGGAGACCAAAGAGAAGGUGUCGGUCAGUGACGCGAUCCAAAGAAGAAUGCUCAAGCCGGAGAGCGGCAUGGCCUUACUGGAAGCACAGGCGGCGACCGGGUUCAUUAUCAACCCUGUAAGCAAUGAAAAGCUCACGGUCCACGAGGCUGUCGAAAAAGGUGUUGUCACAAAGGAAUCCCGUGAUCAGCUUUUCGCAGCGGAGUGUGCCGUCACCGGUUACAAGGACCCCCACUCGGGGGGCGUCCUGUCACUAUUCCAAGCCGUGAAGAAAGGCGUUGUGUCAAAAGACCACGGAAUUCAUCUGCUGGAGGCUCAGAUCGCCACAGGUGGCAUCAUCGAUCCACAGGCCAGCCAUCGCCUCCCAAUGAAUGUUGCCUACAGCCGAGGGCUGUUUGACGAGGAGAUGAACACAACCUUGGUUGAAGGAAAAGAAUUCACCAAGGGUUUCUUUGAUCCAAACACUGGAGAGAAGGUCACUUACCUGGACUUAAUGAAACGCUGCAUCACAGACCCCGACACGGGGCUUUACCUCUUUGUGCUGAGACAGCGCAAGCAAACGUCCACGGUCGUACAGAAACGCAAAAUCAUUAUUGAUCCCGACGUCGGCAAGGAGAUGAGUGUCUACGAGGCGUAUCAGAAAGGCCUCCUGGGCAAAGAGCUGUACCUCAAGCUUUCGGCAGACGAAUGUGCAUGGGAGGAGAGUAAGGUGACACUUCCAGACGGCACCACUUACUCUACGUUGGUCGACAAGAAAUCGGGGAAAUGCUAUGACGUUUCGAAAGCACUGGCCGAGGAUAAAAUCAAGGGCGAGUUGGUGGAGAGGUACAACUCUGGCGCGAUUUCAAUCUUCGAAUUCGCGGACAAACUCUCUGCUGCGUUAAAUUCUCAGUAGGAUUUGUUCAAAGUGGCCCAUGGGGGACCGAGAAAACAAAACCAAUACAAAGAUGCAAACAACAAAGUCGCGAUGGCAUUCAGCGGUUAUGACACAGCCAGUGAAUGGGAGGACACUUUCCCCACUUUCUGUCAAAUUUAGCGUUUGCACUCCACGGAGACAAAUUAUUUGGUCCACUCAUGGUACACAUUGUGUAUGUAUAAACGUUAAGUAGAAGACUAAAAACAUUUAGAACUUGAGGCCGGUAUUGCCCUGUGGGUAAAACGAUUCAACCUAAGGGCUAUUUUUUUAUGGUGAAGAGGCCAGGGGUCCAUAUUUGAAAUUUGGGAUUUUUGGAUUUACUGUAUCUGGUUAUAAGCAUCUACUGGUAGAUUUUUUUUAAGCCAUUCUAUAACAUUAGAAUGUACCGUAUCACUUGCUCAUUCAAAUGGUUUAUAAGCAAUAGAUGAUAAGUAUGCUUACUUAGAUUUUAGAAUGUUUUCAAUAAGCUGUCAAUUUUAAAUUUAGGCUGUAAUGUUUUUACGUCACAUUCGUGUUUUAUUGUGUGGCUUCAGAUGUAUUUUAAAUGUACUGUUUAUAAACAGUAGAGCAGAAAGCCGCAGAAGUUGUAUUGCUACUCGCACCUGGUGUCAGGAUUUAGGGUUUAGAUGUAAUGCUCUAUUUUAUCUUUCCACGUGGGUCUAUGUUUCGUAUAUUUUUCAAAAAGUGGAUUUUAAUAAAGGAUUAAAAAAAA